AUGUCAGUAGGCAGGAAGGUGAAGCUGAUGAAGUUCAUGAACAUAGAGAAUGAGGGGGUCAGGCUGGGGAGUGUGCACCGGGGUCACACCAGCUUUCAGGAGAACGCCAUUACCUCAGCUCUCUUACCUGUUUCUCCUGAUUACCUGUUAUUUCUCGCCUCUUCUCAGGUUCAGGAGUGUCCCAAGGCCCUGCAGGCUGAUCUGGCCCUGACACUGGAGGUCCUGGAGAACGUGACUGACUCAGCCCUGGGCCCCAUCCUGCACCAGCCUCUUCACACACUGCGCCACAUCCAGUCCCAGCUGCAGGCCUGUACACAGUCUCAGCCCACAGCAGAGCCCGGGUCCCAGAGUCACCGCCUCUCCCGCUGGCUGCACAAGCUCCAGGAGGCCCAGGAGAAGGAGACCCCCGGCUGCCUGGAGGUCUCUGUCACUUUCAACCUUGUCGGCCUGCUCAUCCGGGACCCGGAGUGUGUGGCUGCGGGAGAUCAGUGUGUGUGA